GACUCUUUCCUCGGUUCCUCCACCGGCAACGCCGCCAACUCGGCCAUAGCCCUCCUCGCCCCUUUCCCCGUGCUCGAUGCCGGGAGACGCGGAGGACCUAUCGCCGGCGGUAAGGAAGCUGGGUCGGCACUUCAGGCUCACGGAAGUGCACAUCUGGGAUGAUUGGUACGCGGAUGGCGCCGACGUGAGCCACAGGAGUUGGCGCUCCGUUGACACCGACUCCGCCGGCUGUCAAACAGAUAAAAUCCAAAAUAAACCAGCCAAACAGACAGAUGAAGGCCAUUCGUUUGUUGAAGACUUAGAAUUGGUCAACCUGAUGGGUUCUUUGGGGCUUCCUGUUUCAUUCAGAACCAGUAAAGAGAAAAAGAACACACCCAAUAAAGUAAAGAAGAAUGGAAGGAAAGUCUCUUAUGAAGCAGAAAAUACUCUAAUUUACGAUGAUUCAAGGACAUGCACGGGUACUAAAGAAAUUGAAAGUAUUAGUCAGUUGAUGGUUCUUGUGGAGCAAACUAACCUAUGCAGUUCAUCUAGGACCGCUGCAGGUUACAAUGAAAUCUGCAAAGGUGAUGUCGAGGAGAUGGACAAAGACAUUCUGUGUGCUAAUGAACAGGAAGAGUCGGGCUGUGGUGAUCUCUGCUCUGCUAAAGUAUUAUCAGGUAGCAAAGCUGAAAAUAAUUGUGAACAUGAGACUUCUCAGUUUCAUGCUAACAUGAGCAACCCAGUAAAAGCAGAUUCUCCUGUUCGACAAAAUCAAACUGCAGGAGUUGUAGUGCAACUGAACAAGGAGAUGCUGGGACCAAAUUCUGUUGAUAAUGAAUCUAGCAUCUCCUCUGCUGAGAUUUGUCUGAAAGGAGGAUUGUCGACAAUAAAAGAUCAACUAUCUGGGGAAACUCCUUCAACAUCCCCUGAUAUAAAUGGUCUUGAUCAUGAGACUUGUCUAAGCUCAGCAGAACCAUGUCCUAUUGAUAAUAAUCCUACCCAAAACUCUGACAGCAGCUUUUACUUUGAAUAUGGUGAUUGGAGAGUCCUGUGGGAUCCAUUUUACAGUCGGUAUUACUUCUAUAACAUCCUAACACAGGAGUCUACAUGGUAUCCUCCUCACGGGCUGGAGGAUUUUGCAUCACAUUCCAGCACAUAUGUACCUGAAGGCUUGAAUGAACUGGGCUCACAAAAUAAAAGCAUACCAGCACAAGAACACGAUCAGGCUGGUGGUGACAAGCAUUUAGAUGGGCAGGGCCAAGAUUGUUACAGUGAAUUGAGCAAUUUGUCAGAUAUUCUUGAUGAAGAGAGAAUAGAUCAAUGUAUGGUAACUUUCACCAAUGAAGCAUACCACACUGACAGUAUCCAGAGUGAUAGUUCAAUGAGUGAAAUUUCAGAGAUGAAACUGGAGGUUGCUCGCAUCAAAAAGAAAAAGAGAGUAAGGAGAUCUAAAUCAUAUCAUUUGUGUCAAGACUUGGCAGGGAACAUCUCCAAUGACAUUGCCAAGUACUGGACGCAGCGGUAUUCACUUUUCUCCCUUUUUGACAGUGGUAUAAAGAUGGACGAAGAAGGAUGGUUUUCAGUUACACCAGAGCUCAUCGCAAAGCAUCAUGCAUCUCGUGUUGGUGCAAGCAUUGUGAUCGACUGUUUCACAGGAGUUGGUGGAAAUGCCAUCCAUUUUGCUACAAAGUGCAAGCAUGUUAUUGCUAUUGAUAUUGAUCCACAAAAGAUUGAUUGUGCACAGCAUAAUGCAACUGUUUAUGGAGUAAAUGAUCAUAUAGAUUUCAUUACAGGUGAUUUUAUUCAUAUGUCGCCUCAUCUGAAGGGAGAAACUGCUUUCAUGUCGCCUCCUUGGGGUGGACCAGACUAUGCCAAAGUAGAUGUAUAUGAUAUCACCAUGCUUAAGCCUUGUGAUGGGUACUCUCUCUUCAAACUCGGCACGUCGAUCGCUUCAAGGGUAGUGAUGUUUCUUCCUCGCAACAUUGACCAAAAUCAAUUGGCAGACAUGUGCUUGUCAGUCGAUCCUCCUUGGGCAGUUGAGGUAGAGAAAAACUUCCUCAAUGGAAAGCUGAAAGCCAUAACAGCAUAUUUUGAACAGCAGGAUGGUUCAGACGCUAGUGAUACAAACCCCCCAAACCCAGAAUACCAUACUUAGUGAAACACGCUUGUGCUCAAUCUUCAACGGCGGUUGUUUUGAUGAGAGGAGAUUGUUUACCGGUGAGCAUUGCAGCAUACCAAGCAGGCCAUCGAAUAGGUAGUUGACUUGUUAUAUGUAAUCAUGUCACAAGUGUAGCACGCUGCCAUCGCUGUGUUUGUGUCAUUAACUCCUCUCUAAUUGCAGCAUUCCAUUGUACGAUAUUUAAGCUCUUUGUAGAAUGCGCAAUCAUUGUGUUGCAGCUUCCCUAGCAAACAUAGCAUAAAUGACACGAAAAAAAAGGAGGUUGGUAUAGUAUUGUUCGAU